GUAAUGAGUAAGCUGCAGUCUGCAUGGCUGCAUGAGCCUUAGUGUGUAGUUAUAAUCGAUUAAUUGAUCUGUCUUCGUUAACAGUGAGUAAUUUUAGUCGUGUGCGUGAUCGAUACAUUGUCUCGUUCUUCAAUCGAUAGAUGCUUAUCGAUUUUAAUGGGUUAGUUGGUGCUUUAUAUCAAUAACCUUCAAGAAAAUACUAUUAAAAGUGUCGCGAGUCGCGGGUGAAAUUUGCGGUCUCUAAUGAGUAAUGAUAUUUAGGGACAGAAGAUUUAUUAGAUUGUAAUGUCGAUAUGAGCCAUGAACGGACAAGUGAUAUUAUAGACAAUGACUUUAGGUCACUCGUGCAUUAUUCGCGUUACAGCUCGAUAUACUUUGAUUUAAAGCGAUAAAAUAUAUGAUUGUGGCCAUCGUUCAAUACAUUGCAAUAUCUAGUUCAGUUGGGAGACGAUUUAAUUCCAAGCUAGAUAAUGUUUUUUAUAGUUUUGUGCCUGAAUGUGCAUUGCAUAUGUCUUUAGGCUUUUCGUUCAUGUAUACAUUUACACAUACAUUAAAAUGUACAUAUAGCUAUACACUUGGAUGAGGUUAUGUACACUCACGAACAUUGAACACUCUGUAUGUGUGAAUACUUUCAGAGUAUUUAGAGCGAAAUAAUAACGCAGGCAAUCAGCGUCCACUACUUGUGUACUUACAUUAAAUACACUUACAAAUCAUUUGUUUAUCUUUGAAAUUCACCAAGCAGUACUCGAAUAUUAAUUAUAUUUGUGCAGGUUGUUUUCCGUCACUGUAACGUUAUCAAGAAAUGCUCUCCGACAUGAAUCCAUUGAGUCAAGGAAAAGCAACUGAGAUCGUGGAAGAGUAUGUUUCUUCUCUCCAAGAUCUCAAAUCCAACAGCAAACCUUACAUCAAUAUGUUGACACAAUUAGCUGAAGAUUACAUUGAAUACGCAUCAGCGAUAGUUGCAGCAGUAGAAGUCCAUUUGCUAAAGGUGCGGAAUGAGAUCAAACUACCUGUACUUUAUCUCAUCGAUUCCAUUGUUAAAAACUUGGGUGGAUCCUAUUUAGAACUUUUCUCAAAGAAUAUAGUCCAAACAUUUUGCAAAGUAUUUGAGAAGGUGGACGAAAGUACAAGGUCAAAGAUGUGGAAGCUGAGAAAUACAUGGAAUGACAUUUUCCCUGCCAAGCAGUUAUAUGAUUUAGAUGUACAAGUUAACAAUAUUGAUCCAGCCUGGCCAAUAGUGUCAGUUGCAAAAUCGCUACCAACAUCAGCUCCAAAACAUGUAAUACAUGUUAACCCGCAAUUUUUGAAGCAGAAUGCACCGAAACCAGUGGCUGAAGUAUCUCCAUCUAAACCUGCCCCGUAUUCAGGUAAAACAGUACUCGAUAAGAUUGUACCUGACAAAAAAUUACCCUCGAAGCAAAUAGAAAUAGAAGCAUCACUGCAAGAACAGAAAAUGCGAGAUGAGUUGUUGAGAAAGCAUGAAGAAUUAAAAAAAUUGGAGUUGAAAAAACAGGAGCUCGAACAAGCUGCACUACAGCACAGACAAACAAUUACAAAAUCUGAUAAAUUUGCCAAUUGUGGUUCUUCUAAAGUACCUAUGAUAAAUAAACCUAGCACAUCUUCAAAUAUUGUUGACAACUUGGAUAAAAAGUCCGUAGAGAAAACGUUGACGAUACAAAGUAGAGCAAAAUUAACAACUCCUAGCCUGCAUCCCACCGAUCCUCGGAAAAAAACAGUUGCUGCUCUUCAAAAUGGCAAUAUUGAACCGAGUUUACCGUCAAGUUCGCAUUCAAAACCAAAAAGUUGUAGUCCAACGCCAAAAACACAUACUUCCCCAAGAAUAUCAUCGCCACCACCACCUCUGAUAACAAAAUUACGCGAUCGUUCCAUCAGCCCGAUUAAGGUAGAACCUCGUAAUCCAUCACCCCCUUUAUCGCCAACAAAAUCGUCAUCCUCGUCGUCAACAAAACGCAGAAGAAGUAGCAAGUCUUCACCUCACAAAAAGUCUCGAAAACGUAGUCAUUCGCCAGAUGAACAUCGUAGCAGACAUCAUCGGCAUCAUCGUCAACACAGGCCUAAAGAUCAGAGUUCUGCCGACGAAGAAAAAUCUGGUGGAUCCAUUAGUUUAUCACCCCAAUCUGUUAGUCCCGAAAAAAGUGGCAGAAGUAGGAAAAGAACAAGAGAAAGUAAGAGUCCGGAGAUUACAUGCAAAGAAGAGAGCAAAAGGAAAGACUGCUGUGAUAAUAAAGAUGAAGAUCUUAGAGUUGCUGCAAUUGCUAUGAAAGAAAUAAAAGAUUUGGAUUUGCGAGUCCUUCCACCGAUUCCGAGCAAAAGACAGCCAACUGAUACAAUUUCAAGUCAAUCGAAAAAAAGCAAGAGCGAAGUAUUUGACGAACUGUUCGGCAAAGAAGACGUAGAUCUACGAUUACUUGCGCCAGUUACAAAAACGGCGCAACUUGUUACUUCAGCACUACCAUCUGUACCUCCACCACCUAAAAUAUCAAAUGAUUUGAAGGAUAAUGAUAGCGAUAGCAGGUCGAAAUUUGAACAUUCGCGUAAUGAUUCCAAUCGUUCUUCAAUCCGAGAUCGUCCAUCGCGUCAAAAAGCCUUCAACAAAACAGAAAAACGAGGCAACAGAGAAUAUAGCGAAAGAAAUUCUGAUAGAAAUAUCGAAAUUAUAAUGAAACAAGCUGCAGAACAACUCAACCAAGGAACUAUAACGAAAGCUCAGUACAACAAGUUGAUACAAGAAGUUUUACAUAUGAGUGAGGAUCAAAAACUCAAAGCCGCUCAGAGAAAAGAAUGGGAAAGUAAAGGUUGGGAAAGAGGAGACAAAGGACUGCGAGGGAAGGAUCAUGGUAUGCAUCCUAGAGUACCUGGUCCUCGUUGGCAAUCACCCUGGCAUCAACCCUGGACACACGGUCCUGGUUCAUUUGGCACACCUCCUUUUCGUCCACCAGAUUUUCGGCCAAUGGGUCCUUGGCAAAGUCACCCUCGGCUCUUUGGUCCUGGACCAAUGCGACCUGAUUUCCAUCAUCAAUUUCACAGUGGCUACAAUCCUCGUCUUGGACCACCACCUAUGGGUCCUAAUGGACCUAUUAUGCUUCCUAAUCCUAUGUUGGGACCAAUGGGACCUAUCGCCACUAACCUUAUGAUGCCUGUCUUAUCUAAACGUUUCUCAACUUCUCCCGAUCUGAAUAACAAAAAUGAAGUCGAUGAAAUGAGUUCCAGCUCUAGUGGUAGCAACACCCCAGUAACGAACGUAAAUAAUGAUGAUCUACCGCCAGCUGAUCUUAAAAUGGUCGAAGAAAUAGAAAAGGAUUCUAUGAAAUCAAUCAACAUUGAUAAUGUACCCAGAGAAAUAAGGUAUUAUGACAACCAAGGUGUAAUAUUUAUGCAUUGGAACGAUCCUAGAGAUAUUGGUUUUCAAAAUGGAGCCAGAAAAAUUUACAUCGAUGGAAAAGAAGUGGCUGUUUGUAGCUUCAAUGAUGAUUUUAGAGAAUUUAAUUAUGAUGGUACCAUUUAUAGGAUAAAGCUGGGAGCUCCAACGCGUGAAUUAUUUAUAAACGAUAAAUGGUAUCAGUGUUACUUUGGAGGUGCAUCAAUACCCGUUGAACUGAAUGGCAAAAAAGUUAAUGUUAAAUUAGAUGGACCAGCGCCGCAAGUGAAGAUUGGUCAAUUGAAGCGAACCGAUCUGGUAAUCGGUAAAAUUAAUUUAAUCAUUAAUGCCAGAAGUAUGGUUCCAGUUUUCUUGGACGCCAAGCCUCAAUUGAUUGAAAUCGAAGGCAAACCAAUUAUUCUUAAGUUUAUCGAUUCUCUUAAAGUAGUUUUACUCAAUGGUAAAGCUUUUCCUGUCGAGUUUGGCGGUUUGCCUAAACCAGUUGUGAUUCAAGGAAAGAAACAUUUUUUGCGCUUUUCCGCAUUACCGAUGGGAUUUAAAGCUGGUUACGUAAAAAUUGCCGGUAUGGAGGGUGAACAACCAAAAGAGAUGGAAGAUCAACGAUCCCCCGCGAGCUUACCGCAGUUGGAAAAUUCCAAUAAUUCCGUGCCGUCUCCGAUUGAACCUGAUUCUGGAUCUCAAGAUGGUAUAGAUCAAUCUUACAUCCCUAAAUCUGAUCUUCGCCUGGAUGUUUUGUCAUCAGCGGUACCAUCAGCAAUGGCACCAUCAUCGGGUCUUUCUUAUCAAACAGAUUUAACUAUAGAAAAUGCAUCAGCGCUCAGCGCUCAGUUACCGUUAAAUCUUAAUGAACUUUAUCAAAAGUUGGUUGAAACAGGAAUUGUGACGAAUCUUCUUGAACCAAAAAAACCAGAAGAAGAAGAGAAAAAAAUUGAAGAAACUGUUCAAGUGUCAUUCGAUAAGCCAGAGAGCUUAAAAUUAAGGAAUCCUGCAGUCAUUGAAACACUUUACAGCGGAAUUCAAUGUGGAAGCUGUCCUGACAGAUUUGCCCCUGAAAUGGCUACGCAUUACAGUCAUCAUUUAGAUUGGCACUUCAGGCAGAACCGUAAAGAAAAAGAAUCAUCGAAAAAAGCACAUUCCAGAACUUGGUAUUAUGAAUUUAAUGAAUGGGCACAGUUUGAAGAGAUAGAAGACCUUGAAGAUAGAGCGCAAAGUUGGUUUGAAAUCGAAAGGCAGACGAUGGAAAACGAAAAUGCUACUACUGAAGACGUGUUUCCUGACACCAUGCAGCCUACCGUUCCCGCUGGCAUGGAUGACGAUGCCUUUUGUCAAGUUUGCAGAGAGGCAUUCGAACAAUUCUAUCACGAUGAAAAAGAAGAAUGGCACCUUAGACCGGCUAUUAGUUUCGAUAACAAAAAUUUUCAUCCUAUAUGCUUAGAAGAUUAUAAGGAAAAACUUUUUGUGAAAUCUUUCGAGGAUGAACAUGUUCUAUCACCUCCAUUAUCGCCUGCACCAAAUGACAAUGAAACUAAUAACGUUGAUGAUGAUCCGGAUGUAGACAAGUUGGAUGUAAAACUAGAAGCAGAAGAAACAAAUGAAAACAAUUGUGAAAUGCAAACAAUGAGUGAUGAUAUUUCACUUGAAAAAAUAAAAUGUGAACCAGCUGAAGAACUCGUUGAACCUGAAAUGGAAGAACCAGAAAAAAAUAAUUCAGUUGUAAAAGCAAAUUUAGAAGGAAGUGAUACUGAAACAAAUUGUGAACACGAAAUGGCCACGCUUGUGAAGGAGGAAAUUUUAACACCCUAUCAACACAUUGAUGAUACAAACAUCUCAAAAUCAAUCGAGGACCAAUCAAGUAAUUUAACUACCGAAUCGUCAAAUGACUGUGGAGCAGCAGAUGAAAGUACAAUACGAACUUCGGUUGAUUCAACACAAGUUGAAGUCAAAAGUACCAUUGAUGGUAAUGUAGAGUUAGAGUCCUCAAUAUCUGCUGUGCCGGCUACUCAAUCUAAAAUUAAAAUCAACAUUACCAAACCAAUUGGAACUAUGAAUGAAUCUGCCCGGGAAAAAACUCAUGCAAAAGAAGAACCUAAUGCGAUUGAAGAAGAACUGGAAGUGCCACCAAAACCGAAAUCAAUUAAGCCAGCUAUUCGUAAUAAAGAAUUGAAGGUUUUAUCAAAAACUGUUUGUAAAGGUGAAGAGCUUUCAGGGCUAUGUUCAGUAAUGUAAAUGUAUUAUAAAAAUGCAAAAUGUAUUGUACAUAAUAAUCAACACUGAUUUGAUGAUUGCAUUGCAUAUUCGUUGAUUAUGUUCAUAGAAAAUUUUCAGUGCAUAAAGUUUGUUUCAACAAAUUUGAUUACAAAGUGCACAGAUGAAUGAUUGUUUAUAAAUAGAAAAAAAAUUAAGUAUGAAAUUAUAAGAAACUGUAAAUAGUUUUCUAAGUACUGUGAUGUUGUGUAAAUAUUUACUUCAAUGUUUAUGAUAACUGCGAUUUUACAAUUAUUGUAACGAUAAAAAACAACAAGGAUUCAGCAUAAGCUUUAUUUUAUUA